AUGUCGAAUUUCUCCAUAAUCCUGAUUGCUUACCAAGGAAUACACGACACUCGAUUCGUAUUCGUUUACCUGCUCACGUUACUGUACCCUGUUAUGCUCAUAUCUAACUGUGUCUUGAUAUUCAUCGUAUGCACUGAGCGCAGCCUGCAUAAGCCCUUGUACAUACUCAUAUGUAACCUGGCCUGCAUUAACCUGUACGGGGGCUCGGGCCUGACGCCGUUCGUGGUGUUCAAGAUCCUCUCGGGCGACUUCCGGAUAUCCAAGAGCGCGUGCCUCGUCCAGCUGUUCACCGUCAUGACGUUUGGAGGCUGCGAGAUCAUGAACCUGAUGGUGAUGGCCUACGACAGGUACGUCUCCAUCUGCCUCCCGCUUCACUACGAGGAGAUCAUGUCCCCCUCUAAGCUGACCAAGCUCAUCGCCCUGGUCUGGCUGCUGCCGUUCGUCCGCACCGGCGUGGCCGUGCUGAUCAACGCCAACCUGGACAUGUGCGGCCGGGUCAUCGAGAAGGUCUACUGCGACACGUACUCUGUGGUCAAGCUGGCCUGCAACGGCAUCCGAGAGGUCAACAUAUACGGCUCCACAAUCACCUUCUUUUCUCUGAUACCGCCGUUGAUGAUCAUUGUUUACUCUUACGUAAAAAUCCUGAUGAUUUGUUCGAAACUGAAGCAGAGCGGCCAAACAAAGGCGCUGAGCACUUGUAUUCCCCAUCUUGUGGCGAUUUUUAACUUUUUCACCGGCUGUUUGUUCGAAGUUUAUCAGAGUAGGUUUGAUAUGAACCAUGUUCCUUAUCCUAUCCGUGUCAUGCUCUCGUUAUAUUUUUUCAUCCUCUCGCCUGUGUGCAACCCGAUCAUCUACGGAGUGAGAACGCAGAAGAUAAAAGACACCCUGACUCAAAAGCUGAUGUGUGUGUGGGCAAAAAACGUGCAGUUCCACCAGCUGGCCACUGCAGGCAAGUGA